AUGUCCAACUGGGAGGAGAUCCUGGGCCUGACCCAGGAGACGCUGAAGAGAUUAUAUCCCUUGGCUGGCCUGGGACCGCCUUGGGAUUCUCCGAGACGAGCUGAUGGAAAACUUCAAAAAAUAUACACUUGUGUUGAACAAUCUUUUAAACCUGUUGACCUGUUGUUUUUUUGUUUUGUUUUUUUAAUCAAUAUUCAUUCUCCUUCUCAGAGUCUACCCGCGUUGAGCAUAAACAGCACAACUAAUGCGCCAACAGUGUUGAUGUUCCAAGAUGUAUGGGCUCGGAGCUUGUGCCGGACCAUUGAGAAACUUGUGGAGGUGGUGCAGGAGUACCCAUCAGAGGUGGAGCACAUCUACAGCCCCGCCUGCGUGCCUCUGGUUAGGUGUGCGGGCUGCUGCGGAGAUGAAAAGCUUGAGUGCCACCCCACUCUUACCACCAAUGUUACAAUGCAGCUGCUGAAAAUAAGGCCAGCAGAGCUUGGCGAGGAAUAUGUUGAGAUGACUUUUGUGGAGCAUCAGACAUGUGAAUGUAGAGUCAAAAAACCUGUUGGGAAGGUUGAAAGGAAAAGGCAAAGAGGAAAAGGACGGAGGAGAAAGGAGAAGCAAAAAACAAAAGACUGUGACAGAUGCCAGAUCCCUCGAAGGUAA